AUGUCUUCCGAUUCCAUCAGUAUCAUUGAGCACCUGCAACAGUGGGGUGCUUGCGAUAUAAGUUCAAUGCAAGCGUUCUGUUCGCUUUGCGUUGCCGAUGGCCUCUCGAAGCUCAAUUAUCCCAAUGGCGGUUUCCUUGAAGGCCUCGUAAUGCAAUUACCUCAAUUCCAAGCUGGCCAGGCCAAGAUUGUAGGACAGGCCUUCGCAGUCAAGUUCGUCCCCAAGUCGGAUAUAUCGGCUCCUAAACUGCAAGGUAACUCUCCUCUGCCCCACGUCAAUGCAGUCUAUGGGGGCCUCAAGACCCUACGCGCUCAGAAGCUAAAGGCAGCUGGUGUCGUGAUCGAUGGUCGCGUGCGUGAUCUCGGCGAGCACCAAGCUCUUAACUUCCCUCUAUUUGCCCGGUCUGUUGGUACAACCGCCGGCGGUGAAGUGUGUCGCCCCUCAGAAGUGAAUGUUCCUGUCCGCCUCAACUCUAGUGAUCAAGAUGCCUGGAUUUACGCUGGAGAUUACAUUAUCGCUGUUAUGAAUGGUGUGGUCCGCUUGCCGCACGAACUUGCUGAACAAGUUCUUGACAUCAUUCCUGCCAUCGCUGAGGCCGAUGCGAAAUGCGCGGAGGCUAUCAAAGACGGAAUGAGCGUGCACCAGGCUUUCAAGGAGUUCCGUGGCCGUUGAUAAUUUGUUGAAGAGUGGGCCCCAUGUCUGUUAUUUGACGGAGAACCUUAUCUUCCUGUUCUCUCUCUUUGAUCGUACACAAUAAAUGAUUUUC